ACUCACGAUAAGUUAUCACUUCAUUCGUCUCUACACAGUCAUUGUAUUUCAUAUUACACUCAACUAACGUAGCGUUUGACAACUAGUGUUGGUCGUGCUAUAGGACAUACAGUACGUCUUAAACACUCUUCUUCAAUUAUUAGGUCGAAGCUAUGGCCUCAACAAUCGGGGGCGGCAGAUACGGAGGCGGCAAAAAAGUGGGAGUAAUCGGAGGCGGGGCGGCCGGCGUUUGCGCGGCUAGACACUGUGUUGCCGCCCCGGGGGGACAAGGGGGUCAAGGGGGACUAGGGGACAACGGCCCCCCCACCGAGGUGGUCGUCUUCGAGCAGACCGAUCGACUAGGGGGCACCUGGGUGUACACCGACCAGACCGGCAUAGACCCCUGCACUCAACUCCCCAUCCACUCAUCCAUGUACAAAAAUCUGAGAACGAAUCUUCCAAAGGAAGUGAUGGGAUUUCCCGAUUAUCAAAUACCAGAGCAAGACAAAUCUUACAUUCCCUCUCAUGAUAUACUAAGUUUCAUCAAUGACUAUGCUGAUCAUUUUGACGUGAGAAAAUAUGUUAAAUUCAAUCAUCAUGUCACCAAUGUAACACCGAAACCUGAAGGUGGCUGGUAUCUUGAAGCGAAGGAUCUAGUCAAAAACAAAAUUCAAUCAUAUCACUUUGACGCCAUUAUGAUUUGCAAUGGACACUACCACACACCACUAUGGCCCAAUAUACGUGGAAUUAAAACAUUCAGUGGAAUUCAAGAGCACAGUCAUGACUAUCGCAUGCCAGAGCCAUACACAAACAAAACAGUGGUAGUGGUAGGAGGUGGUCCAUCAGAUGAUAUAGCUCUAGAUAUCUCAUCAACAGCUAAACAGGUACUUCUAAGUCACUACAUCAAAGAAGGGAUACUCACAAAAUUUCCAACCAAUGUGAAAUUGAAACCAGAAAUUGAAAAGAUUGAACAAAGAACAGUGCACUUUUCAGAUGGAACAAUCUGUCCAGACGUGGAUGUUCUGCUAUAUUGUACAGGUUACAAAUACAGUUUUCCAUUUUUGAGUGUAGAUUGUGGAAUAUCAGUGGAAGAGAACUGUGUGCAAGCUUUAUACAAGCACUUUAUAAAUAUAAAUCAUCCAACAAUGUGCUUUGUAGGUCUUCCAUUUUAUGUAUGCGCAUUCACAAUGUUUGAUCUGCAGGUGAGAGCAUUUCUUCGCAUUCUGAAUGGUGAUGCAACGUUGCCAAGUAAAGAGUUGAUGAUUUUGGACACCCAGGAAGAGAUGGAAGCUCGUGCUCAAAAGGGUUUGAAGAAGAAACAAUUCCAUAUGAUGGGAGAAGAUCAAGGACCUUAUUACGAUGACUUGGCAAAACUGGGAAACUUUGAAUCCAUUCCUUCUGUUUUGGCAAAGCUACACAACGAGAGCAGUCGGCGAUUUCUAGAAGAUCUUGUGAAUUAUAGAAACGAUGUCUACAAGAUAGUUGACAAAGACAAUUACAUAAAAGUCAAAUAACAAAAAAUUACUACGAAUCAAUGAAGGAUCAAUUUUCUAUUCUUACACAAUAAAACCUAUUAUUAUUUAAAAAC